GGUGGCGGCGCCCAGGCAGGUUCCUUCCUAUCAAGAUCGGGGACAUCAUCCCUGGAGGUGCCCAGAAAGAGAGGACACAAGAGGUGCGAACUAAUUGAAUGAAUCCAUGGAGUGAACUGAGGAACCCAGGCUGACUACUGUGUGCCCACAACUGUACCCAGUGCUCCGGGGCAACCUCAUGCUGAUACAGCUGGUACUGAACUCACUGACCUUCCAGUCCCCUUGUCCCACAGUCCUUACUUCGGCAAUGUUUAGAGAUGUAGCUCUGCAGUAAAGAUCUGGCCCUGACUUGUGCAGCUGCAUGUGCAUUCAAUCCUCAGCAUUGCAAAUACAAAUAAAUAAAUAACAAGUGUUUGCAAGAUGUCGUCUGGAGAGGACAAGUGCUCCCUUCAUGUGGCUCACAGUGACUCUGACCAUUCUGUCUCCACAGACCUUCAGGAGGAGUAUGAAGAGCUGCUUCGCUAUGCUAUUGUGAAUCCAAAUGUUGAAUCCAGUGCUUCACAGCCGUCUCACCGUAAAGGAGAAGUGGCACCGGAUAGAUUUCCUACGCUAGCUGGAAAUAACCCUAUACGAGAAACUGCACUGGAAGUGGGAAAAGGAUCUGAUUUAAAUAUUUCAAGCCAUUCAGGGUCACCCAGGAAGCCACCUCACCCAGCCAUGGACUUUUUCAGCUCACAUUUUCUAGGUGACUCUUCCUCACCAGCCUCUCUUUCUACUCGGACAGAUGCCCAUGAAAUAAUUGUGGGGGAUCAUCUUGUCUCUGAUGAAAAAUUUCAGAAGUUGGAGAAUGUACUUGACAUCUGGAGUUCAGGGCUGAAGACAAACAUUUUAUCUGAACUAAGUAAGUGGAGACUGAAUUUUAUUGACUGGCACCGAAUGGAGAUGAAGAAAGAAAAGGAAAAGCACGCAGUGACUGUGAAGCAGCUGACCAACCAGAUCGAUGAUUUGAAGGAGCUGCAGAAAACCUUCGAGAUUUCCAUCGGAAGAAAGGAUGAGGUCAUUUCCAGCUUGUCUCAGGCCAUCGGCAAGCAAAAGGAAAGGAUAGAGUUAAUGAAAAGUUUCUUCCGCUGGAGAAUCGGCCAUGUCAAAUCCAGACAGGAAAUUUAUGAAGGUAAAAUGGCAGACCAGUACUUUCAGAGAGCUUUGCUGAAGAAAGUCUGGAAGGGCUGGCGUUCUGUGGUACAGAGGCAGUGGAAAGAUGUGGUGGAACGGGCAUGCCAAGCGAGGGCUGAAGAAGUAUGUGUGCAGAUCUCCAAUGAUUAUGAAGCCAAACUUGCUAUGUUAUCUGGAGCUUUGGAAAAUGCAAAAGCUGAGAUUCAAAAAAUGCAACAGGAAAAAGACCAUUUUGAAGACUCCAUGAAGAAAGCAUUCAUGAGGGGAGUGUGUGCAUUAAAUCUGGAAGCCAUGACCAUAUUUCAGAACAAAAGUGAUGCAGGGAUAGACUUCACAAAUAAUAAAAAGGAAGAGAGUGGCCCUGGUGGUCCAGGAAGAGAACCUUCUGCUCACUUGGAUACCUCCUCGUCCACAAUGCCGUCAUCGGUUCCGUUACAGCUGCUGCCCUCUGGACCAUUAGCAGCAGGAGUAGGCAGCGCCACCGCAGUUCCCUCCGCUGUUUCCCUGACCUCUGCCGGAGCUACGUCUGCCUCUUCUGUUCAUGUUCCCAUCUCUAUGCUCAGUGCAGGAUCCGCAGCUACUGCUGCCCCGGAAGAAUCGUACGCACCGAGAGUCGUGACUGCAGCCCAGCAGAAGGCUGGGAAGACCAUCACAGCCCGGAUCACAGGUCGGUGUGACUUCGGUUCCAAAACUAGAAUCAACAGCAGUUUGGCCAUAAUGGGAGUUUCUCCUCCCAUGAGCUCAGUCGUCGUAGAGAAACAUCAUCCAGUCACAGUGCAAACCAUUCCUCAGGCAGCUGCUGCCAAGUACCCACGGAGCAUCCACCCUGAAGGCGGCAUCCCAGCUUCUAGGUCUCUCGGAGCCAGGCCAGGCCACACCCAGUCUCUCUCAAGCGUUCAGUCGAUAAAAGUGGUUGACUAAAGGGACUGUUCACACUCAGGGCUUUCAUUCCUCUGAUAAGGACGUUCCUGGGAGCAGCAAGUUUUUAGUCUCGACUUUUCUUUACUGUCAGAACAUCAUGGACAUAUCAUGUGCAUCUUUUCAGAAUUACAAGAAACUUCCCCAUCCUUUGUAUGUAUUUAAUGUUAUUUUUAUUUAAACAAUUAAGUAGAACUUUUUAAUUAAACAAAACAAAAAAAAAACAACUUGGUUCUGAACAUGUUCAGCCUGCCAAUGAUUGCAUCGUGGAAGAAUAUAAAUCUUUUUCUGUACAUUAUUUCUAACAGGAAAUCAUUUCCAUUGUUCCUGGGCAGUAAUGUACAUAGAACUUUGAAAGGGAACUUUACUUUCCUUACUAAAACUAGAAGCUAUUUUAACUUUUAAGUAAAGACUAAGAGCAGCAGUGGCAUUUCUAAGCGGAGCGUUCCGGCCUUCGCUGUUGGGCCAGCAUCUCUCAGGUGCUGGAAGUCAGUGCAGAGGGAAACAGACGGCAUCUGUAAAUACCCACCAGGCUAAAAGGGAAGAAGCUUUCUAGUUAGCCCCAAAACCGAAAGGCAUUCCCUGCUGGGAUGAGCCCGCUUCCAGUUCUCUGUCUCACUCUGACGAGGCCUGCCCCACUGAGCCUGCCUAGUUCUUUUUGUUCAUCCACACAUGUGCUGCAGAGGAGUGGCCUUGGAGACAGCACGCCUUCGAGACCCGUGUGUCUAGGCCAGGCAUGAUGCUACCUGGUUGUCAUCCCACCACUGGGGAGGCAGAGGUAAGUGGAUCUCUGUGAGGCCAACCUGAUCUAGAUAGUGAGUUCUAUCUCAGAAAAACAAGGAAAGAAGAAAAAAGAAAGAAAGAAACCAUCUAUGCAGAACUGACAUAGGAGCUUCUCCAUAGUUUUCUUGCUGGCUAUGUUCUCUUAAGCCAAACAUUUAAAUAAAUGGGUUUCAAAGUC